CAACGCGAUUUAAAAACCGAUAACCGAUACUUUCAAAUAACGCAUCCAAACAUCGACGACGCAAUUUGCGCAUUUUAAACGCUAGCGGCAAAGCAAUCCAGUUUUGUUGAAAAUUCCGAUCAAAAAUCGUGGGAAAAAAAUUUGUACUUAAAAACGAGAUGCAGGGACUGUUCAGCGAUCCGGCGCUGGAGCGCCACUUCACGGGCCACUCGGGCGGCAUCACGCAGCUGCGCUUUGGUCCCGAUGGCAACCAGAUCGCCACCUCGUCCACGGACUCCACGGUGAUCCUGUGGAACCUCAGCCAGGCGGCCCGCUGCAUUCGCUUCGCAUCGCACUCGGCGCCGGUGAACGGAGUGGCCUGGUCGCCAAAGGGCAACCUGGUGGCCUCCGCCGGACACGACCGCACCGUGAAGAUCUGGGAGCCCAAGCUGCGCGGCGUUUCCGGAGAGUUUUUGGCCCACGGCAAGGCGGUGCGCAGUGUGGACUUCGACUCCACCGGUCACUUAAUGCUCACCGCCUCGGAUGACAAGUCGGCGAAGAUAUGGCGCGUUGCCAGGAGGCAGUUUGUGACUUCGUUUGCACAGCAAAACAACUGGGUGCGCAGCGCCAAGUUCAGUCCCAAUGGCAAACUGGUGGCCACUGCCAGCGAUGACAAGUCGGUGAGGAUUUACGACGUGGACAGUGGUGAGUGCGUGCGCACCUUCACCGAGGAACGAGGCGCUCCACGGCAACUGGCCUGGCAUCCUUGGGGCAACAUGUUGGCCGUCGCCCUCGGCUGCAACCGCAUCAAAAUCUUCGACGUAGCCGGCAGCCAGCUGCUGCAGCUUUACGUGGUGCACUCGGCGCCGGUCAACGACGUGGCCUUUCAUCCCAGCGGACACUUCCUGCUCUCCGGCAGCGACGACCGCACCAUCCGCAUUCUGGACCUGCUGGAGGGAAGGCCCAUCUACACUUUAACGGGCCACACUGAUGCGGUCAAUGCGGUGGCAUUCAGUCGCGAUGGCGACAAGUUUGCCACCGGUGGUAGUGAUCGUCAGCUCCUGGUCUGGCAGUCGAAUCUACACACCUACGAUGCUUCCCAGUUUGAAGCCAAGUCUGCCUUGGCUUCCUCCAGUUGCGAGUCCAGUGGCGUCUCUUCGAAACAGAGCGUUGGCAGUGCGACCUCCAAGUCCAAUGACCUCAGUAUCCGCAUUGAUCCACGCCAAUCGCUGGCCUAUCAGCUCUCGGAGGAGAACUUUCAGGUGCUCGAUAGUAAACACUCGACUCAGCCGGAGAAGGUGCUCAGUCAUGGCAUGGACUUCAAGCAGCAUAUCCCAAGUCCGCGCUUUUAACCAACACGUUCAGUAGCCUUCAGUAGCGCACAUAACCAGCCGAACCUUCCGCAGGUAUUGGACGUGUCCUUCGAAUCCGGGUCGGACUUGUGCUCCUGUUCUGCGCGGCUGGACGAGAUCAGCAAACUGCUGGCCAUGAUCGAUGAGCGUGUGCGGCGAUUGGAGGGCAUAUACUCUUUAUAGCCUUCUUAGAUCCCUGAAAUACAAAUAAGCGUAGUAUAAUUCCUGUAGCGAUCAUAAUUGAUAGCGAUCCUUGAUAACAAUUUCGUUAAGUUAUUUUCUAUGACGUAUUUUAUAAAAAGCUAUUUACAAAUUGUGAAUCGAUUCCUAUGAAGGCUUUUUCAUGUUCAUAUAUAAACCUUUGCUUUAAGGACCAAUUUUCCGGUUGCCUUGGCUUUUUAAAAUACAUUUGUUUUCAUAAGGAA